AUGAUUGUGGUUUUGGGCGUCUGCCAGGAGAAAAGCUGGAGCGGCUCUCUCUCAGAACACCAGUUUGAGACCUUACGGGACAUGAAAGCCAACAGCUGUCUCCUAAGCUGCCCCCCUCCUCCCUCUCCUCCCUCCUCCCUCUCCUUGGACCCCUUUUCCCCUGCCCCCUCUCCCCUCCCCUUCCCCUCCUCCUCCUGCCUCUCUGCCCCCCUCUUCCCUCCUUCUGUUCUCUCUCUCUUCUUCCUCCUCUCCCCUCCCUCUGCUCUGCCCUCCCUCCUCCCGACCUCCUCUGCCCCUUGCCUUGCUCUUCCUGCCCCCCCCAUGCUUUCCCUCCCUCCCGAAUCCCUUCUCCCUGCCCUUCCUCUUCCUUCUCCUCUCUCCCUCCCCCCUCCCUUGCUGUCUCCCCUGCUCCCCCUGCCUCCCCCUCUUUCCCCCCCCCCUGACUCUCCUUGCUCUACCCUCCUUGCUCUCCCUCCCUCUCUGCUUCCUUACUCUUCCUCAUUCCCUCCCCCCUGCACCCCUCCCCUCUUCUUGUGUCUUGUCCCCCUCCUCCUGCUCCUCUCUCUCUCUGGACCCUUGCCUCCUCCCCCUCUCCCUCUCCCUCCUCCCUGCCCCUCCUACGUCUCUGCUUCCCCUCCCUUGCCCUCUGUCAUCCUGCCUGCUCCCCCCCCCCCUGGCCCCCCUCUGCUCCCCCCCCUCUUCCUGCCUGCCCCUGCUCUCCUGCCCUCUGCUUCCCCCCCCCCUUCUCCCCCCCUUCUCCCUUCCUCCCCUGACCCUCUUCCCCCCCUCCCCAUGCCUCCCUCCCUCCUCCCUCCUACCCUCCCCCCCCUGACCUCUCUCUCCCCAUGCCCCUCCCUCCUUCCCCUCUCCUGCCCCCCUUGCCCUCCUCCCUCCCUCACUCCCUGCCCCCGCCCUUUCCCUCCUCUCCCCCUGUGCUUCCCCCUGCUCUCCUCUUGCCCCCCCCCUCUCUCCCCUCCCCCUCCCCCUGCUCUUUUUAGUAAACUUUUAACAACUUUUUAG